CGCUCCUGUCACCUGGAGCCCCCGGGCUCCGAAUGCUUUCCGCUUGGGUGUUGCGCUCCCAUAGGCUGGCGCGGUUGCCACGGCGCCGGUGUCGGAUGUUCGGCGGGAGGGCGGAGAGCGCUAGAGGGGGUCCUGGGUCCGGCGGCUGUAGCCGGUUGCUGGAGCAUGGAGCCAGUGGAGGUGCUGCAGGUCCUGCUUACUCUCGGUCUCACAGCCCUGGCCCUGCUUGUGUUUAUUGCGCAUGUGACAGCUAUAAAAAUGCCAAAUCUUGCUCGCGGAGAGAAAGAAAAAUAUUUCCUAACUCAAAAUUCUGCUGGGAAGGAAUUGUUCCCCAGUAUCCAUGAUCCUUCCACUAAAGAACUAUCUGUUAUUGUCCCAUCUUAUAAUGAAGAACAAAGAUUACCUCUGAUGAUGGAUGAGGCACUAGAAUAUUUGGAACAAAGACAGAAGAAAGACUCUUCGUUUUCUUAUGAGGUGAUUGUGGUAGAUGAUGGGAGCAAAGACAAAACAACAGAGGUUGGACUGAAGUAUUCUAAGAAGUAUGGAUCUGAUAGGGUACGUGUAUUAACACUAACAAAAAAUCGUGGGAAAGGUGGAGCUAUUAAGAUGGGUGUACUGAGCUCUCGAGGAAGAUGUAUUCUGAUGGCUGAUGCUGAUGGAGCUACUAAAUUUGCUGAUAUUGAGAAAGUAGAAGCAGGCUUGAAAGCUCUCCAGCCAGGUCCAGACGACAUGGCCAUUUCAUGUGGAUCUAGAGCUCAUUUGGAGAAAGAAACAGUAGCUAAACGUUCUUAUUUUCGGACCUUACUCAUGUAUGGGUUCCACUUUCUGGUAUGGUUUCUGUGUGUGAGAGGAGUAAAAGAUACACAGUGUGGCUUCAAACUUUUGACUAGAGAAGCAGCUCGAAGGACCUUCUCAACUUUGCAUGUAGACCGAUGGGCUUUUGAUGUGGAGCUUCUCUAUAUAGCCCAGUGUUUAAAGAUUCCAAUUGCAGAAGUUGCCGUGGAAUGGACAGAGAUAGAGGGAUCCAAGCUCAUUCCCUUCUGGAGUUGGCUACAGAUGGGUAAAGAUCUUCUCUUCAUUCGAUUACGUUACUUUACUGGUGCCUGGAAUCUGGAGAUGCCCAAAAAAGUUAAUUAAGUUAUUGCACUGUAACUGAGAAGGUGAAAGGAUUCAUCAAACAAAAAUAUAAUCAGGGGAUGUGAUAAGAUGAGAAAUUUACUCUAGAUGGCAGCAAAGUUUAUUCUGCUUUCAUAUUGCAGUCCUUUUGUAAAUUGCAUGCUGGUGAAUAAAGUGGAAAUGUCUUAUACAGGUUGAAUUUUUGGUUAAAUCAAAGAUAAAAUAUCUCAAAAGACCAAAAAGAAGCACCGGAGGGGUUAUGUUUAACAAAAAAUGGUUUAUCACUAUCUUCUGUAUCAUUGUUAUAAUGUGUCUUAGUUGCCUCUUUCUGUAAAUGAGGUGUAAUUAACAAAAUGUAUAUUUUGUGCUGUGUAAUUGACAGCACUGUCUUAAAACAGUCUUGUAUAAUUUGGUUGCCAAAUUCAAGGAAACUGCCAUGCCUCAUUAUGGAUGAAGCACAAGUAAAUGAUGAAGUUGUA